UUUCGAAAUGGGUUUCCCCAGCCUCUGCAUCGAAAUGAUGCAUACGGCCGUCUGUAUGACUGAUUGUACGAGUACCUCCGGUUUUCAGUAUGAAUUUCUACUCUUUCCACGCAACAGGUUCGGGACCGAAACCAAGACAAGAUUCCCGAAGGAUCGCGGAAACGAGAGAAACAGGGAUCUUACAAUGGCCAGCUAGCAUUCAGCAUCAGAAAUUUCAGAAUAACUGUACAAGUCGCCCGAGCUAGCAGGGAGCACGCUCGACGGAGUUGAGGCUGUCGGCCGCCGGCAGCGGUUUCCUCCUUGGCGCCGCCAUCUCACGAACAGAACCGCCCAUUGUUCUUCUCACUCACUUUUUUCUCCCAACUGUUUCCCGAAUCAUUCUGCACCGCAUCCCUCGAUGCCUGGCAGGCUGCAGACUCUGUCCCCUGAACUAUACCACCCGGAAUAGAUGAGCCACACUCCGCUUUGUUUGCAACCCAAGAAGAAAUUAUUUGGAGAAAAUGUUCAGAAGCUGCACCUACUGCAGCCUUGGAAUCCGGUUCCGGCUUUUUUUUUUUUUCUGAAGAAACUGACCCAAAGUCACAGAUGAUCUGUCAUUAGCAUCGAUCUGGAUCCUAUCAUUCUGAGCAAUUAACCGUCUUCGAUCAGUUUGCUGUGGGUAUAGGUAGGAGUCAGGGCAGCAGCGGAGCGGAGGUUUGGCGCCGCCUGUUCGGGAAGUCCAUGGAUAGCAGCGCAAAGCGGGAUGGGAAGGAGGGCCGGCGCAAUUAAAGCGGCGGAAGGUGAGGUGAGGCCACGGUCCCGCGUCGUGUCGCCCCUGCCGGCCACUCAGCGCGCCGGUGAGGUCCACGACGGCGGCCUGCUCGUUUGGGGCCGGCAGCUCCGCCCGACACUCCUCCCACCCUGUCGGCCUCCAAGAAUCUGCUGCUCCGCCGGGUGAGUGCUGAUUUUGUGGGGCGUAUCUAUAUUCUAGCUAUAGAGUUUUGUUUAAACCCGUUGGUUUCCUCACACCACACCCAACCCAAGGGGAGUUCGAUACGGAGUAUGUUUGAUUACAGCUUAAUGACGAGAUAACAAUGACAAAGGGUGCCCGCUGCCGAAGCGGGGACUUAAUAAUAAGAUAGAGGCAGACGAACACACGGGUUUAUUAUCCAAGGAGCACAAACCUAAUCGACCUAGGGCUUCGAGAAGCCACUGCAGAUGGAGGCAAAGGCUAAGAAACCCAAUUCUAAGCAGAAGAUGAAGGAGACGAAAAAGAGCAGGGAACAUGCGGAUGAUUCGAUUGGUAGCCACCAGCCUGCUGAGAGCAGUUACCAAGGGUUAACAGUACUCAAAGAGGUUGCGACACUACACAAAGAACACCUAGAGCAGUUGGCAAUAAAGAAGAAUCAGAAGAAGGUGAAGGAUGAAGAUGCUGGGAAAGCUGUUGCUUCUGCUGGAAGACAUGAAGAAUCUGUGACAGAAGCCUGGAAAGCUGAAGAAGCUGUGACGGUGGGCAGCAGCAAAUCAGCCAUGAACCAACAGGUGAUCAGUCUGGAGACUGAAGAAUCAGUCCGGAGAAGAGUGGAGGCUAUUUACUCAAGGAUGCCACCAGAAUAUCGGGAGAAACUGAUAAAAGAGGAAGCAGCGUGGGAGGAGGCACAUAAUGCUAUGAUGGCCAACUUCAAGAAGCUUUCAGAGAGAAAGAGGAGUGGGAAUUCAGUGUGCGACGAUUUGGAGAACAAACCUACAUAUCCCAGUGCCACUAUGUCAAUGCGAGAGUACUCCGUCCAAGAUGAUCUUGAUCAUGACAGAGGCAAAUCAGCCACACAAGUGGCCAAGAGUGAUGUAGCCAAGGCCAUGGUUUCCGAGGCGGAGAGUUUCGCUUCACACCGUUUCCUCUGGGAGUCUCAAUGGAGGAAAACCUGUGGUUUAUUCACAGAUAUAACUGUUCUGAGUUCCAUGCAGUUUACACCAUACGCACCUGGAUACAGUAGUCCUUACAGCAGUUCCUGUUCCACCCCGAAAACCUUGCAGAUCUUCUCCAUCAAACUCGCAAAACUUUAUAGUGGCCUUGAGUUUCCGUUGUCUGUGUAUGGCGUGGUUGCCGUUCGGGAUACCGUGGAUCGCAACCGAAAUCUUCUCUUCUCUUGCGAUAGGAGCGAGGCCCAAGAACUGACACAUAAUGAUCCUUUUCUCCACUUGAUUGGUCCAUCCCGUGCAAUCGUAAACGUGGACGAGGUUUGCAUUGAAGUGGAACUAAAAGUAAAAGGCAGGGCAGGCUCUAAAGAUAUAGCGUUGUUCAGUACUGCGCACCCUUACAUGGGAGAACACCAUACUGGGUUGUCUAAAAUCACCUUGUACAACAUCUUCUGCAAGCUACAUUUGCGCUUGCAGCAGGUUAAACAAACUGUCCAAGCCACUAUCUUGGGUGUCCAGGUUGUCAAAGAUGAUGGGUCAUGGCCUUUUAAAUAUGGUGGCCUAGUUGCUUGCUGCCCACUAUCAGAGGAAAUGCUGGCCCCUAAUAGUGGAUUCAGUCGUAAUAUGCCUAUUGUGUUGAUUGAUUCAAAAGAUAGAGCAAUGCUGAAAGGUGCUAGGGGUCAUGUACAUCUGUGGAGGCAAGUUGUUUCUGUAGAACAUCAAGGAGCAUUGGACGUUGUCAUACAAGCCUACUCCAAAUAUGGUGCUGCCACUCACAGAACUCGUGUCCGUUUCACGCCCAAACUUUGCAACAUAAGCCAGGAGAAAUGUCUCCUUCAUGAUGCUGAGGUAACUAUUACUAUUGCUUGGUCCUGUGUGGCUACGAGCAAGAUGGGGCGAGUUGCGUUAGAGAAUCGCGUCGAAUCAGCCACACCACUGACGGCCGCUGAAGAGGAGAUGAAUUUCGAGGCAGAGAGAUUUGCGUCAUACCGGACAUUCUGGGAGUCCAAAUUGAGGAAAACAUGUGGUUUAUUCACAGAUAUAACGAAUCUGAGUUCCAUGCAGUUUACACACUACACACCUGGACGCAGUCCUUACAGCAGUUCUUCCUGUUCCGUCCCAGAAACCCUGCAGAUCUUCUCCAUCAAACUCACACGAAUUCAUGGUGGCCUUGAGUUUCCAUUUUCUGUGUAUGGUGUGGUUGCCAUUCGAGACACCGUGGAAUGCAACCGAAAUCUUCUCUUCUCUCGUGAUAUUAGCGAGGCCCAAGAACUGAAACAGAAUGAUACAAUUCUGCACUUGAUUGGUCCAUCCCGUGCAAUCGUGUUUACAGACAAGGUUUGCAUCGAAAUCGAACUAAGAGUAAAAGGUGCAGCUGGCUCUCAAGAUAAAGCAUUGAUCAGUUCUGCACGCCAUUACAUGGGUUGCGUUUCCACCAUCUGCUUCAAGAAUGUCUUCUGCACGCUAGAGUUGUGCUUGGAGCCAGUUAAACAAACGGUCCAGGCCACUAUCUUGGGUGUCAGAGGCGAUGGGUCAUGGCCUUUCAAAUACGGUGGCAUAGUUGCUUGCUCCCCACUACCAGGGAAAGUAGUGGUCAAGGAUGGGCAAUUCAGUCGUAAUAUUGAUCCCUCAGCCCACCGCUCAGCCACCCAGAUUGUGUUGAUUGAUUCGAAAGAUGAAGCCGUGCUGAAAGGUGAAGAUGGUUAUGUACAUCUGUUGAGGCAAGUGGUUUCUGUAGAACUACAAGGAGUGUUGGACGUCGUCGUCCAAGCCUACUCCAAAUCUGGUGUUAUCUCUGCUGGAACUCGUGCACGGUUCACGCCCAGAGCUUGCAACGUAAGCCAGCAGAAAUGUCGCCUUGAUGAUGCUAAGGUAACUAUUACUGUUGCUUGGUCACGUGUGGCUACCAACAAGAAGUUAGUUGCGUUAGAGGCUUGCGGCAGAAAGUGUGUUUGAAGCUUGCGGCUAAGAUAUUUCAAUUUUAUAUUAGUAGUGCAGUCUGGUUGUAUUUCUGAAUCUGUUAGCUAUUUAGUUUCUCCAAGUGUAUCGAUGACUAUAACUUGUGCCAUCUAUGUAUUUGCGGAUUGGCAGCUAGCUAUCAUUCAGAAAAACAAAACAGUGGGUCUAAAAACCGUGGACGGCUUCUUGCUGGUCUGAACCUUUUGAAUAAGGUGGGAGAGUUGCAUAUUUAAAUGAUGGCUCAUUUUCUGAA